AUGACGACUAAAGAAUAGGUAGAAUUGUAGAUUCUAAAUGAUGAAACAUUUAAUGCAACUGAGAAAUUUAAAAUUCCUCCAUAAAAACUAAUUAACAUUGUUAGAUUAAGUGAAAAACGUGAUUUUUGUGAAGAAGUAGAUGAAAUUGAAAAAAUGUAUAAGUAAUCAUCAUAUUUCUCUCCUUAAUUUUAUCAAGAAAUCUUAAAUACGCCCUCUACAAUUCCUUAUCCAAUGGAAUAGGAUUUGAUAAAUCGAUUAUUCAUAGAAGGAUUAGGAUCCAACUUAAAAACUGGUAUUAGCACAUCUCCAAAUGAAAUUAAAGACAGAGAGCGUAUUUAUGGACAUAAUAGAAGAGAAUAAGUUAUUCCUGCUACAUUUUGUUAGUUGCUAUGGGAUGCUUUGCAGGAUUUAACAUUAAGAAUUCUUGUUGUAGCUGCUAUUAUAUCUAUUUCUGUCGAAGUAGGUACAGCUCCUGCUGAUAAAAGAAGUAUAGCUUGGGUUGAAGGAUUUGCAAUUUUAGUAGCAGUUAUUGUGUGUUCAACAGUAGCAGCAGCUAACGACUACAAAAAAGAAAAGUAAUUCUAGUAAUUAAACAAUGUUAGUUCUGAAAGUUUAACUGUUUAGAUAUUUCGUGAUGGAUCUGAAAUAACUAUUCAUCGAGAUAAAGUACUAACUGGAGACAUUAUAAAAAUAAAAGGAGGCAUGGAAUUACCUGCAGAUGGUAUUUGCCUUUACUCAGUCGAUAUUAAAUGUGAUGAGUCUGUUAUGACAGGAGAACCAGAUCCAGUUCAUAAGUAGAGUGUCAUUAAAUGUAUACAAAGAAGAGAAGAAUACAAUAGAAUGAACUUAACAAAAGAUAUAAAAAAUAGACAUGAGAUUCCUACUCCUAUAUUGAUGAGUGGUACUAACGUAUUAGAAGGAGAAGGUUUAAUGAUAGCCAUUGUGGUUGGUCCUCAUUCUACUUCAGGAAAAAUAGAAGAAAUUCUUAAAUCUUAAGACGAAUCGAAAAGUCCUCUAUAAUAAAAACUUGAAACAAUAGCUGAUGACAUCGGAAAGUUUGGGUUAUAUUCUGCUCUCCUUAUUGUAUUGAUUCUGUUAAUUAGAUUUACAGUUGAGAGAAUAUAAGAAGAUAGCUUUAGCUCAGAUAAUGUUAUUGAAAUGAUUAAUUUCCUUAUUAUAGGUGUUACUGUAGUUGUAGUUGCUAUCCCUGAGGGUUUGCCUCUAUCAGUUACUUUAUCAUUAGCGUUUUCUACUUCUAAAAUGCUUAAAGAUAAGAAUCUUGUUAGAAAAAUGUAGGCUUGUGAGACUAUGGGAGGAGCAAACAACAUUUGCUCUGAUAAAACUGGUACUUUAACACAAAAUAUUAUGUAUGUUACAACACUGUGGAAUUUCGGUAACAAUUUUAUUUAGCUAAAUACUGAUAUGAAACUCUAAUCCAACCUCUAAGAAUAUAUACCUGCUGCUGCAUAAGAAAUUUUUAUUUAAGCUACAGCAGUCAACUCUACAGCUUCUUUAGAUCCUCCUUAAGGUGAUGCUACAGAAUAAGCUAUGAUAAAAUUCUUGAAAAAAUGCAAUAUCAAUUACUUGCAAGAAAGAUCGAAGUAUCAAGAAAUAGCUUACAUCCCUUUUUCAUCUUAAAGAAAAAGAAUGUCUAAAAUUAUUAUGUUUAAUAACUCUCAUAGAAUGCUUAUUAAAGGUGCUUCAGAAAUUAUAACUUCUUGUUGUAAUCAACUAUAUAGAUGGGAUACAAACUAAAUAGUCCCUAUCGAUACAACAUUAAGAGACUCUAUUUAAAAAGCUAUUAUUUAAAUGGCAGAAAAAGGUUUGAGAACAAUCGGUAUUGCUUAUAAAUAGGUUUAUCCCAACGAUGAUAUCAAUUCAAAGGACAAUAUGAACGUUAGAGAAAUCGAAAAAUCUAACUUAAUAUUAAUAGGUGUUUUGGGUAUUGAGGAUGUUUUAAGGCCGGAAGUUCCUUUGGCUGUUGCUAAAUGUAAAUAAGCAAAAAUUCAUGUGAGAAUGGUGACAGGCGAUAACAAAAUUACUGCAAGAGCUAUUGCUAAUAAAUGCGGUAUUAUUCAAGAAGAACUUGGGCUUGAUUUAGUAUUAGAAGGAAAGGAAUUUAUAAAAUUAACUGGAGGAGUUGUUUGUUCUAAAUGCAGGAUUGCAGUUUGCCCUUGCCCUCGUGAUAAAAGAACAGCUGAUAUAGCAAAAAAAGAUUUAAGAAUUGAUACUGUAGCUAACUAAGAAGAGUUUAAAAAAAUAUAUCCUCGUCUGGCAGUUAUGGCAAGAUCUGCCCCUGAAGACAAGUACACUUUAGUAGUUGGUUUGAUGGAGAAUGGUAAUGUUGUAGCUGUUACUGGUGAUGGCUCAAAUGAUGCACCUGCUUUAAAAAAAGCAGAUGUCGGAUUUGCUAUGGGCAAGGCAGGAACUUAAGUUGCUAAAAAUGCAGCUGACAUUAUCUUAACUGACGAUAAUUUUAGUUCUAUCGUCUAAGCAGUCUUAUGGGGAAGAAAUAUUUAUGAUAGCAUUAGAAAAUUCUUGCAAUUUUAACUAACAGUUAAUAUAGUUGCUGUCUUCGUAACCUUAAUUGGUGGCGCAGUCAUAAAACAAGAAUUACUUUAACCUAUUUAAAUGCUUUGGGUUAAUCUUAUUAUGGAUACAUUUGCUUCAUUAGCCUUAGCUACUGAACCUCCAUAAUAGAAACUACUCUUGCGCCCUCCUCAUUCAAGAAAUGAUUAUAUUAUCUCUAGGAAAAUGCUAAAACAUAUUAUUUUCUAGAGCAUUUGGCAAUUAGCUAUUAUAUGUACGAUUGCAUUUGCAGGUGAAUAUUUUAUUCCAGAAUAUAGUGACGAUUUUGAUACAUCAACAAGACCUGAAGAUAUAGUAUUUGUACAAAAUUACAAAUACAGUAAUUCAGAAAAAACACUUGCUCAUAGUGGUCGUUUACGUACUUACUCUGGUGAUGCUGACGACUACAGUAAAAAGCUUGCAUUAGAAAACUGUACACCAUCAAGACAUUUCACAGUUCUCUUUAAUACAUUUGUUUUACUUUAGUUUUUUAACUUUUUAAAUGCAAGAAAAAUUGAUGAUGAAUUUAACAUCUUUAGCAAUAUCCUCAGCAACCCUCUUUUCUUUGUAAUCUUGAUCAUAAUUAUAGUGUUUUAAUUUAUAUUUGUUACUUGGGGCUUUAGAGCUCUCUAUGUUUAUAAAUAUGGACUCACUUGGUAAUAAUGGUUAAUUUGUAUUGGAUUUGGAGUAAGCUGUAAUUUUUGGGCAAUUAUUAUAAAGCUUAUUCCAGAUAGACUAUUUCCUUAGCUUGGUAAUAAGGAAACUGUAAUAGAUAUUAAUAGGAAAGGUAGUGUCUUAAAUUAUAAAAGAGGUAAGUCUUUUGAAUUAAAGGCUUCUAAUUUUGGAGGUUAACGUAUGUCACAGCAAUUUACUAAAUUUGGACCUCAAAAUUAAUCUGGAAGUAAAAAUUACUAAAAUUAAUUUAUAGAAUAGGCUGGGCCUGUCGAGUGA